AUGGCGCCAUCAAGCUCCGACGAAUACGUGCUCGACCCACGCAAAUCGCUGCCAGACUAUCGGCGCGAAAUCUACGACUUGCUGCAAUAUCUCGACGAAGAGCAAGACAAGAUCGAGAAGCAGCUCGCACACUUUUCCUCCACGUCCGCCAUCUUAAUGUCCAAAGCGACGACACGGCGAGCAUCCAACUCAUCCCAACGAAGACGCGUUCUGAUCCUCGACGACGAGGAAGCUAGCUCCGAAUCGGAGGACGAAGCCGACGAUUUCGUUGUGGUGGAAGACCUCAACGCAGCGAGCAGAAAGAAGCAGCUUCUGUCUCAGCUGCAACAGCUGUGGAGGACGCGAGAUGCUUUGCGCAAGAGAGCCAAGCAGCUCAACAUUCGAAUCGACAGCUUGACCCACGGCAAAGGAUCGGGUCUCAUGCCCAACGAAGACUUUUUGCAGGCUGGCAUCGACCUUCAGCAAGAUGAGAGCGACGAGCUCUGA